UUUCAAAAUGGCGAACGGUACACCAGGAACUCCGGGUCCUGAAGCGGAAAAAGCUGCUAGUCGACGUCCAAAAGAUACAAAACUAAAACAACAGAGACUUCCAGCAUGGCAACCCAUUUUGACAGCUGGCACUGUUUUACCAGCUUUCUUUGCUAUAGGAUUGGCAUUUAUACCUCUUGGAGUUGUUCUACUAGUUACAUCUAAUGAUAUUCAAGAAUAUAGAUACGACUACACACAGUGUGUGAAUAGUAAUGGAGAAAAGUGUGCUGACCUUCUCACAAACCUUACAGCCACAGGGCAGACAUGUACAUGUACAUUUAACAUAGAGUUGAAAGAGGAUUUUGUGGGCACAGUAUACAUGUAUUAUGGACUCACAAACUUUUAUCAAAACCAUCGACGUUAUGUACGUUCACGAGACGACAGCCAGCUACAUGGUUACGAUGUUGACAGUUUGUACAGUGAUUGUGAACCAUUCAAGACUAAGAAGUUAAACACAUCUGUUGAGAUGAAGAUUGCACCUUGUGGUGCUAUUGCUAACAGUCUGUUCAAUGACUCGUAUACAUUUGUAUAUAAGGGAGAUGGAAGUCAAAAUGUAAAUGUAUCAAUGUUGAGGACAGGCAUUGCCUGGGCGUCAGAUAAAGAUGUGAAGUUUGGUAACCCUAGUU